AUGAUGAGGUAUCAGAGAGUCAGUCCCGAUUGUCUUCCUCUUACCAAUGGAGGAAAGAAGCCUGACGCCACCAUUACUACGACCUCGAUCGCCGGAAGAGAAUUCAACGGCGGAUCAUGCACAACCACAACCACCACCACAACCAGCUCAUCUCUAGACGGAGUCCCCAAAGGAUUCCGAUUCAGAUCCCCCCUUCAACGAGAUCCCACCACUAGCCGCGGCCGCGUCGGAGAAGUGCUGUUACAGUGGGGACAACGAAAGCGAUCGAGAAUCUCGAGAGCCGAGAUCCGAUCCACCACAACCGCCGAUGAUUCUUCGUCUUCUUCAGGACAAGGUAAGAUGCAAUCGAAUAAGCUCUUAAGAAGAUCGGUGACCUCGCCUAUGGCACCGCCUCCGCCGGCUUUCUCCGGCCGGAGUACAAAGCUUAGAAACGGUUUCGUCGGCGGCAAGGAAUUCUCACCUUCCAGGAAUCUAGAAGAUCGAUCAGCCAACGGAUCACCACCAUCAAGGAACAUCAACAACGGCCGUAUGGUAUCCAGAUCGGCCGGCUCAAAGCGAUCUCCACCGUCUCCUGAGCAAAUCGAGAAGAGAUCAAGCGUCAGAGAUCAUCAGAGCCAGAGGCAAAACGGGUUCGAUCAGCAACAUCAAAGAGUGAACAGAUCAGAAUCAACGGCUCAGGGUCAUCAAGAGCUGGAGACAAACAGCAAUGGUGAGAGAGAGAAAGCAACGCAAGUGGAAGUGGUAGAGUGGCCGAGGAUCUACAUUGCCUUGUCUAGAAAAGAGAAGGAAGAAGAUUUCUUGGUUAUGAAAGGAACAAAGCUUCCUCAUAGACCCAGGAAACGAGCUAAGAACAUUGAUAAAUCCCUCCAGUAUUGUUUUCCAGGGAUGUGGUUAUCUGAUUUGACCAAGAACCGUUAUGAAGUUAGGGAGAAGAAAAACGUGAAGAAGCAGCAGAAACGGAGAGGAUUGAAAGGUAUGGAGAAUUUGGACACCGACUCCGAGUAA